GCGCGUGCGUGGUUUGUGCUGACCCACAUUAGGGCUCAGCGCACACACUGCUUCAGUGAUGAAUGGCGUGCGCGUCACAGACCCCGCCCUCUCUCCACUGCCCGCCCAUGUCCCGUUAAACCUAGUCGCGCGCGUGUGGGGCUCUUCUCCACGGACACGGAUGGCAACAUGGCGACAGAGUUCCAUAACCUGCAGGAGCUGAGGCGCAGCGCUUCUCUGGCCAACAAAGUCUUCAUCCAGAGGGACUACAGUGAAGGAACAGCCUGCAGGUUCCAGACCAAGUUCCCCUCCGAGCUGGAGAGCAGGAUCGAGCGGACGCUGUUCGAGGACACCGUGAAGACGCUGAACACCUUUUACGCAGAGGCGGAGAAAAUCGGGGGCCAGUCGUACCUGGAGGGCUGCCUGGCCUGCGCCACGGCGUACCUCAUCUUCCUCUGCAUGGAGACGCGAUAUGAGAAGGUGCUGAAGAAGAUAGCCAAGUACAUUCAGGAGCAGAAUGAGAAGAUCUACGCCCCCAGAGGUCUGCUCAUCACCGACCCCAUAGAGAGAGGCAUGCGGGUUAUCGAGGUUUCCAUCUACGAGGACCGAGGCUCCAGCGGCUCCAGCUCCGGCAGCAGCUCGGUGUCCGUCAGCACGGCACGAUGAGAGAAGCCAUCGAUCUGCCCCCGCCUGUGUGUGUGUGUGGGGGGGGGGUCCAUCACUCAUCUGUCACAUGAACUCAUGAUAUUUUUUUACAUUUGUACCUUCGGUGUGCUGCAGACUCUGCAGGAGGACUUUUUUCCCAGAAAAGUUGGAAGGUUUUUCGGUGAAAAUGCUGACGUAAAAUUCACUAAAUGUAGCAGAAACUUCCAGACUUCUUCAUGCUUCUUCACUGAAGUGAACCGCACCAGAGUUCACUUUGUUCAGAUGAGUUUCAGCCAAACCAGGAGAACCUUCAGAGGAAACCAGCUCUGGAGUGGACCAAAGCAGGAUCAGACCUACCAGAGGACAUGAUCCUUUAGGGAUAGUGUGGUGCAUUCAAGAACGCGUUUUUAGCAUACGGUCUGUCGCUACUCUGUUCUAGUGCAUGUGUGUACUCACAGUUGGAAGAGUCAAAUCUGGUGAGUCUGCAUGGGGUAAGAUAGCUGUCAAUAAGAAACAUUCAUAAAGACAAAGUUGUGCACACAUUUAUAUUUUGUGAUCAACUUUGCAGAAAAAAAAUAUGAACACAACAUUUAGUUUUACGUUUAACAUGCCUAUUUUGAAUACGACUUUUCUUUUGUUUUUAAUACGAAUUUCUCCCGUUAACAAACCUCAUGCGAGUGCAGGAACAUCAAUUGAUCAAACUGUUUAUUAUUUAUUUAUUUAAAUAAAACCAAAUAGAAAUUUUAAGAAUGUUAUUGAUGCCAUCACCGGAAAAUGAUCCUAGCUGUUGAAAAUGUAAUAAAACAGAUCAAAACACAGCGAUCUCCGACCGCAUUUUGUGGUUUGUUGCUGAUCGAGUAAACAUUUUAGCAGCGGAUCAUUUGAGAGACAGAAGUGUUGGAAAACUGCCCUAAAAGAAGCAGCAGACGUGCCACUCCACUCAUUAAGUGGUUCAACAAACUUUUUUGUCAAAAAUCCUUGAAAAUAAGAGGGUGACAAAACAAAAACAGCUAAGAUAACUCUGAGUUAAAGUAGCCGGUCAGCUGACUGUAGCACUUGCAAAAACAACUUUUUUUUUUUUUUUCAAAGUUUGUAGGUUCAGAAUACCAAACUUUCUUUCUGUUUCUGAUUUUUCGUUCUUUCUUUCUGACUAAGGCUACGGUCGGCCAACAGUUAGCCUUCUUUUCUGACGGUUUGUGAACAGGAGAAAUUCAUAGUUGUAUUUAAAAAAAAGCCGUGUUUAACGUAACACUAAAUGUUGUUUUCAUAUUUUUUCGAGGGACCUCUGGUCCCACGCAAGAUGACGCCAAAUCAAUCUCUCGCCGCAAGCGUAAAUCGUAACUUUAGCCGGUUGCGUGAGCGGAAAUUCUCUAAACUUUAGGAAACUCUUUCAAAAAUUACAUUUUGAAACCUAAAUUGUAAUAAAUUAUUGCGUGAAAAUUUGUGAGUUCGGAGUUUUGCGAGGUCGGCAGCAGAGCUGCAGGCAACCAGUAGCCAAUGGGAGUCAUCUGCUGUAACACAUGAUCAACGUCGUUCCAGUAGAUUUUGAAGGAGAAAAGCGGCAUGAGCCGCUUUUCUCCUUCAAAAUCUACUGGAAUGACGUUGAUCAUGUUUUUGACACUUUAUUGCAGGUUUAAGUGAAGACUCCAUCAUCUCAGGACUUUACAAAGACUGGAUUUGUGUGGAAAUCCGUCAAGUUAGAUCCUGGAUUUUCCAAGAUUGACCGUUGUUGAAAUGGCAGAGCGUUUAUCCUCAGAGUCUUCUUCCAGGAGUAGUUGGUGUUGCGUGAAGAGCACAAAUCGAGCAACAACUAAAGAAAACAUCCCAACUUUUCUGAGACCAUCGUCAGAACCUCUGUUCUGAAGAAACAGCAGAUCUGCAGCAGACACUGAGCAGAACCAUCCUCCUCUUCAUCACAUGAAAUUCACCAGAACCAGGAGAGCAGAGGCUUUUCUUCCCACAGGCUCUCUGUUUAUGAUGUAGCACAUUUUUCACCAUUUUUUUUUUUUUUUGGCUCCACACAUGAACCUCAGAGCUUUUGUUACUAAUAUGCAAAGAAUCACUGCUCUUUAGAGAGGGAGGGGGGCGGGGUUGUCUUCCUGAAUCCUGAAUGUAGUUUGAAAUAAAGAACUAGAGCUGCUCACAAGUGGUUCUCUUAUUUGGACCGGACGGGUAAGAGAAGAGACAAAGUGGAAUGUUAAAAAUGGAGGAUAAGGGUACAAAAAGGGGCGGAGUCAAGAAGUUGGAGGAUAAAAAAUGACAAAUAAUAGGAGGAGGUAAGAUUGCAAAAAGGUCCAAAACUGUUGUUUAAAGUUUAAAUUAAUCUACUUAAAAAAAAAAAAACUUUACUACUUACUAACUUUUUUCCUUUGCAGUUACUUUUAAAUUU